AACACAACUCGAUCGAAAUGAUUUUAUUAAUGACUCUCAGUCUGUUAGCGCCUGUCACAUAAUAGGCUUUGUUUUGAAGGUUUUGGCCGGAUGUGAAGCCGGAAAUGGUCGCGGCUUAUUCGCUUCACUUCCUGUGUGUACCCGCCCCUCCCUCUGUAGCCCACGUUGCUGAACGGGUUAGUUCCGGUUUCUCCAGGACCCUGACAUCAUGUUGGCGACCAGUUUUCCCGAAUCUGGAAACGGGUCAGGACUUACGAGGACGUAUGGAUGUAAGUAGUACUGACAACUGGCGUCAACGCACGAGGAGCGCGCGAGCUUGUUUCGAACGACCUACUGAAGGGCCAGAAGUUGAGUCCAGCGUGCUGCGGUGUCUGCGCGUGAGUAACAGGGAAGUGGACCAUGACAUGGAGCAUGGCCCCGGGACCGGCCUCCCCAAGGACCACAGGCUCCGAGCUCCCCGCUACAGCUUGCUGCGGGAGGUCGGCAGAGGGACGUAUGGGGUGGUCUACGAGGCGGUGACCCGGAGGUCCGGAGGCCGAGUCGCCGUGAAGAAGCUGCGGUGCGACGCGCCGGAGAACGUGGAGCUCGCGCUGCAAGAGUUCUGGGCCCUGGCGAGUCUGGAGAAACGGCACGAGAACGUGGUCCAGUUGGAGGAGUGCGUACUGCAGAGGAACGGCAUGGCCCAGAAGAUGAGUCACGGGAACAAACGGUCCAAACAGUACCUUCGUCUGGUGGAGACGUCACUGAAAGGUGAGAGGGUCCUCGGCCCUCCUCAGGAUCCCUGCUACCUCUGGUUUGUCAUGGAGUUCUGUGAAGGCGGAGACCUGAACCAGUUUGUCCUGUCCCGGCGACCAGACCCGCCGACCAACAGCAGCUUCAUGAUCCAACUGUCCAGCGCCAUCGCGUUCCUGCAUGAGAACAACAUCGUCCACAGAGAUCUGAAACCCGACAACAUCCUGAUCUCAGAGAAGUCAGGGAGUCCUGUUCUGAAGGUGGCAGACUUUGGUCUUAGUAAAGUUUGCGCCGGUCUAGGAAAAACCACUGAGAACAAAGAUGGAGAAGACAAGAACAUCAACCUGAACAAGUUCUGGCUGUCGUCGGCGUGCGGCUCGGACUUCUACAUGGCUCCUGAGGUGUGGGAGGGUCACUACACUGCCAAGGCCGACAUCUUCGCCCUGGGCAUCAUCAUGUGGGCCAUGCUGGAGAGAAUCACUUUCAUCGACAGCGAGUCCAAGCGAGAGUUGCUGGGAACGUACGUGAGACAGGGAGCAGACAUCGUUCCGGUCGGUGAGGCGUUACUGGAGAAUCCAAAGAUGGUUCUGCACAUCCCACAGCGGCGCCGGUCGUCCAUGUCAGAACCAGUCAGGAAGCUGCUUCAGGACAUGCUGGCUGUUAACCCUCAGGACCGACCCGACGCCUUCCAGCUGCAGACCAGGAUGGACCAGGUCACCUGUUCUACAUGACCCUCAUCCAAACUCCUGCACAGAUGAUGCUGCUGCUGGACCACCUGAACCCUGGAAACCGCAGGGAGAGCCUGGAUGCUGAGGUCCAGUUCUGAUGGAGGAUGCUGUCCUAAACGUUGGACCAGAUGGGAACUGAAACCUCUGCUGGAUUUUAUGUCACUUUAUAUGACUAAUUUUGGGAAGUAUGGGUGGGUGGGUCCCUGUUUUACCUGUUCUACCUCAUAUUCGUUUACCUGAGCCUUCCUCUGACUUCCUUCCUGAGUUCUGCCAGAAACCCGACCUGCUUCUUUCUUCAUUGUGUUUUUGGAGAAGUUGUGGUUCAUUGGUAGAAAUGGAUUUCCACUCAUGUUUACAUGUGGCUCAGCUUCCUGUUCUUGAUGGAGAAUCAGAACUUAUUGACAGUGCGUCAUGUCCAACGUUCUCCUCUCUCUGGAUGCCUUCCUGUUUAAACUCUACUGAUUUUAUAUGCAACACUUCUGGUCCCUCGCACCAGAACUGGACUCGUAGACUUGGAUGGCCUUUAUCUGAGCCUGUAAAUGCUUCCUAAGCCAUCAGUCUGGAUGGAGACAUGUUUGUUUUUAUGUGUCAGAGCUCUGUUUCAAUAAAGGUUGAAGCUGCCUUGAA